UAACAAGUUAACACUUGAUAGUCGUUACAAUUUCAUUGUAUAUUGAUGACACUCACACGAAUAUCCACUGUGGAAUUUAUUUAUUGUAGGGAACAAAUUAAGUGAUUUGUAGGGAAUAGGGGAAUAGAUAAAGUACAAUUUCAAAAAAAUAUUGAUGUCGGCGCCAAUGUCAAGAAGACGGAAAACUCGAUUUGCGGAAUCAGGAGAUGUGCAAAUGAAAGACCAUUUAGAUGGAAAAAAUAGUGAGCGAGUAGAUUGGAAGCAUCUGGAACAAAAGUUGACAGCGGUUACAUCACCUGGAAAUUCAUUCAGAAGUUCAAUCACGUACAGUAAAGAAAACUACAUUCGUGUCUGCACUAUUUAUAUUCAAAACUGGACAAAUAUGGAACUCUCAAAACCAAACGCAACUAUAAAUACAGGAUGUCUAGCAUCGCCACCACAGACGGUGGGAACUAAAAUGAAGGAAGUCAUGGUCGGGCACAAGGUUGGCUUUUCCUUAAGAGGAACCAGUGGAAUUGUCUCUUGGUUGGUGGGUAAUCUUGAAAGGCGUGUCAUAGUGAUGUGGAACGUACCAUUCUUUUCGUCGCCUAAUAUCCUCGCAGUUGGCAUAACACGCAGAGGAGUCAAGAAUCACACCAAAGAUUGGUAUGAGUCGAUAUCUAGAAAUGACACCAGAGACGAUCUCCGCUAUACAAAAGGGGUCUUUCAUGAUCAAUGCAAUCAGAUUAUAUCUGAAGAUGAUAUACUUGAAGUUUUAGGAGUCAUGGGCACUGGUUCUCGUGCAGAUGUGAUAAUAACUGUCCGACCAAAAAUUAAAAAGUUUUUACCGAUAAAUUAAACAUUUGUAUAUUCAAUAUAAGACAUAUAAGGAAUACAAUCAUUAUGAAAAGUGUAUCAGUUGCUUAUUUGUAUUAUGUCUUUACAAUUUAAAAUAGAGGAAAAAUGAGACAGCUUAUCUUUGUCCUUAAUGAAAUUAUAGGUAUCAAGUUAAAACUUAUACGAUGUACUCUUUGACAAAAGCUGUUUUGUUUCACUUUCUUUCCUGGAUUAUAACAACGCUCUCGAACUUUUCUCACUUAGUCUCGAAUGUUUGUCACUUAGUUAUAAGAAACCACUGUUACUCAUUAUAAACUGGUUUAAAAAAAAUGAUUUUGAUAACGUGAACAUGUUGAAUGUAUGUCCAUAGGUCACAAUGUUCUGCUCCAACUAUCAUCAAAUAGAAU